AUGCCCGUAAUCAGAGCCAGAUUCAGAGCCCCCAACGGUCGAGUUCGUGAAGGGAACGUGUUGAUUGACAUUGGCGCUGGAACGACGGUUAUUCGGAAGCAUUUUGCGAAAGAUCUCGGAUUGAAUGGGAAAAGAGAACGGAUCGAUUUAGCGGUAGUUGGAGGAGAGAAAUUAGAGCAACCACACAGCCGACGGGUGAACUUUUGGAUCUCUGCACUCAAAGACGAUCAAGAGUUCAAGAUCGAAGCCCACGAGAUUGAGAAAACUAUUCUCAACGUGCCAGAGUUAGACAGAAAAUGGCUCAGUUCCUUCCCCCAUCUUCAAAACAUUGAAUUUAAUCAUGUAUCAGGUUCAAUUGAUCUUAUACUUGGAGUCCAUUAUACCCACCUUCACUCGGAAGAAGAGAUACGUCAUGGAGAAGAAUUCCAACCAGUGACCAAAAAAACCAAACUUGGUUGGUACGUGAUAGGAGCGAAUGAGGAGAAAAGAAGCCCAGAACUUUGUUCAAUUCACUUUGUACGAAAGAUCGACAUGGAGAAGUUCUAUCAGUUUGAAACACUGGGAGUGCAAGCAGUCAAUUGUCCGUGUCCUAAGUCAGCCUUCUCUCUCGAUGAGAAACGAGCCAUGGAGCUUAUGGAACGAUCGUGUAAGCUCGAUGACAACCGUUAUGUAAUCGGUCAUCCGUGA